AGCUCACUCAGUUCAUGACUUGUAGGUUUAAAGUGCACCUGACUUUCACCCAACCCAUGAGCGCGUGCGAGAGCAGAAACCGGUCCAACUCGCGCCUCAACAUCCGCCUCCUUCAGUGCGUCUUCAUUCUCCAGAAGAGCGUCAGGAUGUCUGUGUCUGAUCCCCCUGAUAUCAUACCUGUGCCGAAGCCUCGAUCGAGGUAUUUUCGAGAAGGUGUACUUCAGCCGUCAUCCAGUGAAAGAAAUGGCCAGUUGCUUUGUCCAGAUGUUACAGCUGAUACACAGAUGAAAUCUGAAGAAGAAGAAAGCGAUAUCAAGCAUGAAGUUAGUGUGGAUGAUGCGUUUAGACCGAUGCGGUCCAUCUCUGCACUCCCUGAUCCUCAACAUGUCAGUGACACACUUCCAUGGCCAGAUACACCUCACAUUAGUUCCAGUCCAUCUCCAGAUUCGGCCAGAGCCGCUGAUGCAGUGUCUUCUGAUGAUUGUCCCGUGACUCCAGACUUGCUCAGCAAUGAUCGCCACGAUUCCAACGACGACAGUUUAACAGAUCUUGGGACAGAGGUGCGGACAGAAACUUGCACCAGUGAAGGAAUCCAUCAAGUUCCCAAAUCCCAGGAUGUUCAGAGCAAACCUGGCAGACCCAAUAAACCAAGGGCUGCAACUAUUCGUGUGAGCAGGAAGAAGCAGAAACUAUCAGGACCGCACCAGAAAGCCGAACCGUCUCGCAGUGAGUGUGUGGUGGCACAAUCCAGCUGGCUCGACGUGUGGAGGGGACGCAAGCACAAUGUUCUGUGGGUCAGUCUUGAUGGACAUGUCAUCUCAAUGUGGAAAAAGCGCACAGACAAGUUCACAGAAUAUGUGUUUCACGUAACAAGCAUCACCAACAUACGUGAGCAGGAUCAAGGACGCUUCUCCAUCCAUUUACAGAAGAAGCACUUUGAGUUCAUGGCUCACAGUGAAGCUGUGCGGCAGCUCUGGUUGACGUCUCUCUACACCUCUCGAGGAAGUGAAGCGAUCACUGCACCCAAACAACACGGACCGCUGACCAUGAAAGACCCGCGGAAAAAGGUGUACACUGCUAUCCGUGGAUUCUCCCUUUGGAUUUACAGCAGCAAAGAGGACUUCACUGUGGGUCUUGGCAUGAUGUUCGUGUCGAUGAAUAUAGCGUCUGUGAAGGCGACGGGCCGUCACAGUUUCAGUCUCAUUACUCCAUACAGGACCUUCAAUUUCUCUGCAGACUCUGCGAAGGAGACGGCCGCGUGGCUGGAGAGUCUGAAUGAAGUGAUCCGCAGCGCUCUGUCCUACAGCGAGGUGGCUCUUCGACUCUGGUCCAGUCCCUGUAACAAAGUGUGCGCUGACUGUGGCGCGGCUAACCCCGAGUGGGCAUCAGUGAACCUGCUGGUGGUCAUCUGUGAGGCCUGCGCGGGCGCACAUCGAUCCAUGGGCAGCAACUGGUCCAAAGUGCGAAGUCUCAAACUAGAUAAUAAGGUUUGGACGGAGCCUUUAAUUAAGUUGUUUGUGCUGUAUGGGAAUAAAGCUGCCAGCGGUGUUUGGGGUCACAGCAUCCCUCCGACGGAGCAGAUCAGUCCUGACGUCUCUCCCGAUCAGAGGCUGGAGUUUAUCCUCGCCAAAUACCGCAAAGGACUUUACCGUAAAGCUCACCCGCUCGCCACAAGCCAGAAACUGCUUGACCAGAGGCUGCGUGAGGUGGUUUGUGGUCCUGAUGUGGAGGAGACGCUGUCUCUGCUGUGUUCUGGAGCCAGAGUCUCCUGCAGCAUCACAGAUCCUGAUCUUCGCUCUGCCAUCAGCGAGGCCGAGAGCGCUGGACAAACCCUGCAGACCGAGCUACUCCGACACAAUGAGUUUGUGGCGGCACCUGACUUUGUGCAAACAAGACAUUCAGAGGAGCAGAUAGAGGAGCUCCAUGGAAAGCUGGAUGAGGAGCGUUUCUUGUUCUCGCAGGAGAACGAGUCUGCGGCUUGUGAUGUGCUGGAUUUGACAGAAGUCAUCUCCGUGUUCGACUGCUCUGCUGGGCAAACCCAUGAGUUUGAAGCGUUAUCGCUGACAGACAGUGUGAUCUGCAGAGCAGACGGACGAGACGCCCUCCUCAAACACAUGCUUCAUAUCAUGAAGAUUGUGCUGGCGGGUGUCGUGGUGGAGGAGGAUCUGCUGGGGGUCUGUGCCGUCUCCAGAGCCUCCAUACGAGAGGGUGCAGCGCUGCAGUGUGCAGAAGUGUGGUGCACCCUUCACGACGGAGAGAUGAGCAUCCACACCAAACACGGCUCCACAGACACCGUGACCCUGGACAGUCAGACACGCUGCCAUCUGCAGCGCUCCGAGAACUGCAUCCUGCUGGAGUUUCCUGACCGGACGUUGCACAUGCAGUUUGAGCUGGAGCACAGCUGUGUGCGAUGGCAUGAGCUCGUUCAGAGGGCUCUGAGCUCGACCACAGACGGACCACAGCGCUCAGGAACCGUGCCCUGCUCUAUAGACAGGUGCAUCUCUCACAUCACACAGCACGGGCUGACGGUGGAGGGUUUGUACCGGCGCUGUGGAGUCGCUCCUCAGAUCAGUAAGCUUGUGGACGACCUGAGCGUUUCUCCCAGAAGAGCGCUUCUGAAAACAGACGAGCUCUCCAUCCUGGACAUUUCAGGAGCUCUGAAACAGAUCCUGCGGCAGAGCUUUGAGAUCAUACCGCACGCACACAGACCGCUCUGGCUGAAAGCCGCAGUGCUCUCAGACGAGAAACAGAGACUACAGACGUACCACAAACUGCUUAAACAGCUUCCUCCAGACAACCGUGUGACUCUGGCUGCUCUGUGUGGACACCUGCACAUUGUUCAGAAGCACAGUCAGCAGAACCGCAUGACGGCUCAUAAUCUGGCCGUGAUCUUUGUGGUCACGCUGUUCCAGGAGCUCGCCAUGAACCCAGCCUUGAGACAACUCACCAAAGAGCUGAUCCUGCGCCACAGAGAGAUCUUCACGAAUCAUGUGGAGACCGGUGGAGACAUCAUCACUGUAUUGUGAAGAGCUGUUUCUCUUUAUGAUCGGGGACCGAAUAAACUCAUCAGCGUCGUGACUGCAUUACAUAUGACUCUAAUAAUAAUAUUGAAAGAAGAGCAUCCAAGAUGAAUAUGAGUUUGUUUCUUUAUCAGUGUCUCAUCAAUGGAUGCUCUGCAGUGGAUGGGUGCCGUCAGAGUCCUAACAGCUGAUAUAACAUCACAAUAAUCCACAAGAAACCCAGUCCAUCAGUCAAUGUCUUUAGAAGACAAACGCUGUCUGGUGAUUUGUGUGAUACUUUUUAAAAUGUUGUUUUUGUCACUAACUUUUUUUUUUUUCAUACAAUGGAAGUCAAUGGCUACCGGUAUCUGUUCGGUUACCCACUUUAAUAUCACAGUGUAUUUACCUACCCAUUUAAUUAUAUUUAUCAUGCUGGCAAUGAAAUGUCCAGUGGGGUGUGUGUGUGUGUGUGUGUAUAAUAAAUGACAGACUGCAUUCAAGAGUGUGUCAUGCUUUAUUGUUACUCAGAAUUACAUGUGUACAUUAAUGAAUAAAUGCAUUCAAACAGGA